UCCUCACAGUUGUAACCGACGAUCGAAACGAUGAAGCAAGUCAUUGGUCUAGUACUUUUGGGGCUCUUCUGCUGCAAUGCACUACCGGCAGAAAACACUAAACCGGAUGGACCUUCGCAAUCUGGACGCAUUAUCAAUGGCAAAGAAGUGAGCAUCUCCAACUACCGGUAUUCAUUGAGUCUGUGGGUAGACAACCGGUACUCCUGCGGUGCUAGCAUCAUCACGGGCUCGCACGCCCUAACCGCUGCACACUGCGUAAAUAACAUUGCUGCUUCCAGGGUAACGUUGUACGGAGGAAGCUCAUUCCUCAAUCGACAAGUGGUCCGCAUUGCCGUGAGUAAAAUAGCUAUCCAUCCCAACUACAACCCUUCAGUUUCCAAGAACUACGAUGCGGCUGUCAUUACGGUGGCCACGAACGCUUUCCAAGGCAAGCCAAACAUGGCCCCGAUCGAACUGCAAAACACCCAAGUAGCAGCUGGCACGAGAUGCUCCGUCGUUGGAUGGGGUUGGUACGACAAUAACAUUCGACAGGCAUCAAACAGCUUGCGUUGCACCGACGUGCAGAUCGUGACGGAGUCUUCGUGUUCUGCAACGUUCCAGCAGACGAUUAUGCCUGAUCAAAUUUGCUCGAUCAACGGCAGCAACAUAGAGGUUUGCAAGGGAGACAGCGGCAGUGCCCUCGUGUGCGGUGGUCGAGUGACUGGACUCGUUUCGUUCGGCCGUGUUCCCUGUACCAGCUCUGCACCAGCGGUGUACGCGAAGAUAAUGGGCCCCAGCGUUCGCAGCUUUAUUCGAAGCCAAGCGGGAAUCUAGAAGUAAGAGUAAUGGGGAGAAAAUAAAAACUGAAUGUCACUUUCAUUGAUGGCACAUCACGA